AUUUUUAAAUAACCACAAAUGCUUCCUUUUUGAAUGCUUUGUAAGCUACAUGAUAUUUGUUUAGAAUGUUUUGCCCGGAAAUGCAAAGUACUGUUUCUCUGGUAGUGACAGUGGGAAUGAUAGCGCGGUGGCAAAGUGCAGCAUCAACUUUAAGGAGGAUACUUUCCGUCCUGUUUCCACCAGAGCAUCUGGACCAUUCACGUUAUUAUCCGGUAGGCUAACUGCUACUUCUGCAGCACCGCCUGGUCUCAUCAGCUACCUGCAAGGAGGGGCAAGAGAGCCAUAUAUCGGGAGCUGGAGGUGUUACGAUAAAUGAGCACAAUUAUUGUUAUCUGUGCUGUGUGACGUGUUGCUGAAUAGGCUAUGCCAGUAUCAAGUUGGUUACAAUGAAAUAUGGCGUCUCCGGUUAUUAAAAUUGUAGCCUUUAGCUAUGAAGACACGACCCACAGGAUGAAAACAGUUGAACUGUGCAUUUAAAACAUCAGUGAAAGGCAAAUUCUUACAAGAGGGCUCGAAGCACAAGUAGCACAGCAGGUUGUAUACCUUGGCAUUUGAGUUAACCACAGUUUCGUCGACACCCAAGGGUUGCAUAGUUGCAGCUUUCAGAUUUUAUUUUGAAGGCCAGAUUUCCUGUCUCGCCAUGAAGAACCUCGGCUGACUUGACGCAGAACUUGAAGCCCUGGUCACACCGCAGGGAAGUGAAGUUGAGCAUCCUGCAGGGGGAGCACAGCUCUCUAUUGAUCGAGCUCUUUGUCACCGCCCCCGGUUCCCGCCAUCUGCUGUCCAGGCAAGACUCAGCACAUCUCAAGCCCAUGGAGAGGGCAGAAAAGAGUGUCGGCUUGUGAGAAGUGCAGACUGGUGACCUGUCCAGGGUGGACCCCGCCUCUCGGCCAAUGUCAGCUGGGGUUGGUUCCAGCCCCCUGCAACCCUCUUCAGAAUAAGCGGUAUAGAUAAUGGAUGGAUGGAUAAUAAAUACUGUACCAUAACUGUGUAUAAGAUCUUGAUGCUGAGAAGAUGAGAAGAAUCAUAUAGUCACCUGAGUCAACUAAGCAUCAGGGUGUGUGACAGCAAGACUGGUUGAAUGCUUCGUGAUGGGAUUGUUUAUGGCAACAUAGCAGAGGACUUCCUUGACAGCACAUGACCUAUCGGCUUCUUUUUUUGAUGCUGCCAUUCUACAUCUGAUGGUACUUUUCCUUUGACUAGCAAUAAAGAUAUAGUAACACAAGUGAAAAUUAUGCAGACUGAAAGUCAACUAGAGUGGAUAUAAUUUGAUCAAAGUCACCCAGUUAAUGAUUUGGCUUGAACUCUGUAGCCUGGCACAGGCAGACGCAUCCCAAGUGUCUACCUGAGGCUGUCCUUCCAUUUUAUGGAGGCCUUGCAUAGUCGCCUGACAACUGGGGAGCAGUCCGGAGGUCAAGAACAUUGUCAGUCAGAGUCUCCUCACCGAGGACUGCAGUCAAAGUCUUCCUCCCAGCCCCGUCCGCAGCAACAGCUAGGGAAAACUGGCUCCCCAAAGCCCCAUGGCACACCACAGCCACGCAAACAGUCCAGAAGACAGAAUCCUGAACGCAAGCGUUUCAGGAGCCAGCGACAGAGCAUUGACUCAAAUACAGUCCCGGAGCACAAACAUGAAACAACAACAGCAACAAAAGCAACCACAGAUUCUAGCUUGUCACCAGGAGCCCUGCCUUCCUCAGCAGGUGGCCUUACCCAGUCUAAACCAGAAAUCCAGGAGGGUACCCCAAAACAGAAACAAGAGCGUAGGCCUCAGAGACCUGGAAAAUAUGUCUGCACUUACUGUGGCCGUGCAUGUGCAAAACCUAGUGUGCUUCAGAAACAUAUUCGCUCCCACACAGGUGAAAGACCCUAUCCCUGUGCCCCAUGUGGCUUCUCUUUUAAGACCAAGAGUAAUCUGUACAAACACCGCAAAUCACAUACCCAUAAGGUGAAGGCAGGUCUAGCACUUGGGGAGCCAAGAUCUUUAGAGGAGCAAGUCACUGAGUCAGAAGAUGAAACUAGACAGCUAUCAUCAGCCUCUUCCCAUACAGAAAGACAAGGCAAUGUAGUUGCAAUCACGAGCUAUGAAACGGACCGGUCCAAAGAUUGCCCUGCAGGUAAAGAUGACUCCUUUGCGGUGAAAAAGAGACUGGCCCUGCGUCUAAGUAGAGGAAAACAAGGUUUAUCUGAUGAAAAUACCUCAUCUCAAAUUUUAGGCAGUAAAGGCAGCACAGAAUCUGGCUAUUUCUCUCACUCUGAAAGUACUGAGCAAUCACAGGACAGUCCACCAAACACAAGUGCCAAAAGCUAUGCAGAGAUCAUCCUCGGCAAAUAUGGACGCCUCGAACACCUACAGAGGAUGUCUCGUCAUCAUAACCAGCAGCCUUCUGGUCAGGAGGACAAAAGCAUCCCAUUCACAGUGCCCAAGAAGCAGGUCAUUGAACACAUUACCAAACUUAUCACCAUCAAUGAGGCAGUGGUGGACACCAGUAAAAUUGACAGUGUAAAACCAAGAAGAUUCUCACUUUCCAGAAAGAAUAGUUCAGAGUCUCAAAAGGGUCUGACUAUGAAAGAACCACUUAUUCCUAGCCCUAAAGCUGGAGAUCUGGGCUAUAAAACCAGCGGCUCUAUCACAAUGGGAGUUCCAUGCGAAAAAUUUCAUCAUCCAUCCCUAAAUGUUGAACAGCCAGCUGGCCAAACAUCCACUGCCUCUCUGGUGAGAAGUCACUCAAUGCCAUUUACAGCUAGUUCAUUUGAUGUCUCCACUGGUGGCCCCAGUAAAUUUCGCUUAAGUCAGUCCUUUGACGAACGCCAGCCUUUGGAAAAACAAUCAUCCCGUCGUUAUGGGAUGCUAAGACGGCAGCCAGCUAUUGAAAUUCCACUUGGUGCUGAUUUUACAGAAGAGGAACAUGAGUGUUCUCAUUCAUUUUACCCCGACAGCGUAACCACUGUGCCUGAUUACAAGCAAAGUCGAACGCAACCAUACAAAUGUGAGACCUGUGGCACUGCAUACAAAGAUUGGGAAGGUUAUAAAAAACACAAGACAAGCCUUUGCUUAGCACAUCAUACCAGAAAUGAGGUGGUAAGUAAUCCAACGGAGUCCUCACAACUCAUUAACAAUGCAAUCAGAGUUGGAGCUUCAGCAAUGCGCAAGAGGAGAAAAGAGGAAAGUUUUGAAUUCGAUGACCCCUCUUCUCCUCCAUUAGCUUUUCCUGCCCUCUUGCCAGGAAACUCUAGAGAUGAAACCCAUGUAGCUUAUGAGGGCUGUAGAAGACCUACACUGCAAACCUGUUCAGUAAUUCAACACACUAGUUCAUUUGAGAAACAAGAACCUUUGAACAAUGAGAAUCAAGGCACUGAGGCAACAAAAGACUCCGCACUUCAUGAGGAAUAUCAGCUGAUAACUCAGAAACAGCCCCAACUGCAGUCGACAAAAUUAGCAACUCGAAAGUUGGUCCGCCAACACGAUGUGCAAGUUCCCGAAAUACUGGUGACAGAGGAUUCCAACAUGAGCACAGAGACCUCAGUAGAGCUAACCUCCACAGCCAAACCUCCGGAGAAACCUGAUGAAUUUCAGUGGCCACAGAGAAGCCCCUCUCUGGCCCAACUCCCUAUUGAAAAACUCCCUCCAAAGAAGAAGCGCUUACGUCUAGCUGAGGCUGCCCAGUCAUCAGGGGAAUCCAGUUUUGACUCGGUGUCUCUGCCUCGUAGCCCUAGUCAGGACAGUAGUGCAUCUUAUGCAUCCAGUCGUUCCACAUCCUUUGAGGAGUCAAAUAGACCAGACAUGGAGAUAGCAUCAUCAGCACCACUGAGGAGAUCAAGAGCACCUCACAUGUUAACAGUGCCUGGGGUGCAUCAACACAGAGAGAUGAGGCGGUCAGCAUCUGAGCAGGCACCUCAUGACCCACAACCUAGUGUCCUAAUGACUGAAAGCCGCAGUAAGUCUUUUGACUACAGUUGUCUGUCCCCUGAGCGCUCUGCAGUUGGCUGGAGAGAAAGAAGAAAAUGUCUCCUUAUGAGACACACUGCCAUUCGAGACCCAGAUGAGGAGGAGCAGUGUACUAUCCUGAGCCAUAGUCCUGAACAUGUUGCACCUAGCACAUCUUCUCAAGCAAGCCCAUGUUCUGUGUACUCCAGCAGGGUCCCUACCUCUCCUUUAUCAGGUGACACAGUCUUGCAUAAUCCAGUAAGAUCACAAUGCAACGAGAUGACCUCUCAGUGGAAACCAAGUCAAAAUAUUCAGUUAACAGGUAGCACAGAUCUCUCAUUUGCUUGUGGUUCAUCUAUACAUCCUGUAACAAAGAAGGCCUCACACAUCCAUACAGGCCAGCUCCCUCCUAAAACAUCACAAUCCUAUCCUACACAUGGACCAUCAGGCGCAGCCAGAGCUCGCUACCUCCCCAUGUCUAGAGGGCUGAAGCUAGAAAUUCCCUCACAACAUGGUGAUUAUUCAGAAGGUGGAGUAAGUCACUCCCACAUCCAACAGUCUGUCCCUCACAUCACUUCCAGUCUGGAAUUAUUGAGGCCAGUCCCAUCUCCCUCAGUAGUAGUGCGUCUCCAAAUGGAGACCCUGACCCCAGCAUGUGCCAUAUACACUACCUUGUCUCAGUCCACCUCACCCAAACCCCAAGAGGCAGUUGCUGCUGUUUCACAUGAUAUUGGUAUCGCAACUGCUGAAUUUGGAAGUGCAAACCUUCAUCUGUGGGCUGAUAAUGGCCCAAAGUUAACAGGCUCAGGGGGAAACAAGCGCAUGCUUUCCCCUUCAAACAGUAUAGAGUUCCCUCCUGAGUCACAACAGCAGCAGAAACGAGUAAAAGAAGAAGACAGGGAGGUGGGAUGUGUGGACAAAUCAUCAGUGGACACUUGCAAUCAGAAGCUUAAACAGGAGGAUCAGUCAUGUCUAGCAAAUGUUUGCUCUCCAGUCACACAUGUUGGACCUUCAUUUCCCAGUCUGCUGUCAAACACCUGUAAUAGCUGGUGUUAUUUGAAUUACAUUAAGCCAAGCCCCUCUACUCUGGAUGAACAGAAACCCUCAGUGUAUUCAUCAUGGUCCACUACUGGCUAUGACCCCAACCCACCUGGCCUCUCCAGCAAGAUGGCUCUCUCUCUGCUGCACUGUAAGCAAAGACUCAGCCCUUCUAUAUACACUAUAUCCCCCAUGUCAGUCAGGACAUCUGAUUCAAUGAAGCAAGAGGACAACAGAGGUCCAUGCUCCACUGAGGUCUACAGCAACCAGUCAGACUCCAGGCACCAUGAGGGAACAAGGAAGAGACAACAGUCAGGAGAUGACAACAGGUCAAACAGAAAGGAGGAGAAGGAGAAAGAGGAGGAGGACGUCCACUCAUGUUCCAGAAAUAAACAACCUCCUCAAGUUUGGCUCUCCAAGGAGAGAUCAAAUGAGAAGCAUGGCGUUGUGCAUAGUGGAGGUGGAGGGAGGUGUCAAUGCGAGGAUUGUGGAAUGCACGUUAAGACUACCAGUGCACUACAAAAGUGCACCCUUCACUCCCCAGAAUCUCCAGACUGCAAACACUGUAAUGUCACAUUCAAAGGAGACUGUGAAGACCAGUCAGUUCACCCAGUUAAACCAAAAGGUCAUCAGUACUCUGAGCUGGGGAAAGGACCUGAUGAGGAGGAUAGCCACACAAACAAUAAGGAUGGUAGGUGUGAUGAAAGCACUAGGCCCAAGGUGGCUGAAAGCUCUCACGCUGCCUCUUCUGGCAGUGAGAAACCUCAUCUGGGAGAGCAGCUUAUGGCACCUGAGCCCAGCCAAUCCCUCCUGCUGACCUCCAAGGAUUCUACCCAGAAGAGCUCAGCCAGCACCAGGAGGGCCCUGUUUGCACGCAGACGCCUCGACGCUUCAACAUUAGUAUCCUUCAGAGAAUCCCAUUCUCAUAGCCCUCAGUCCCAGACUCCACGAAGGGAGCCGUCUCCACCUCGUAGCCUGUCGCCCAGGCCUCCCCAGUCCCCAGCUCCUUCAUCCUGCUUCUCCCCAUCCACUUGUCAUGUCUCCACCUCCCCACUGAGACCAGGCUCCCCAGUCAGAGGCCUUUCGCCUAUAAUAGUUCAGCCCCAGGAGUCGGGCUCCUCCAGACCCCCAGGCUGCCUGGCAGACACCUCUGCUCAGUGUCAAACCUGUCUUCACCCAGCAGAGCUUCCGUCUACAGCAAGACUGUUUGUGGAUGAGGUUGGUCUGACCCACAUCACCCCAAAUCCCACGCGGCUUCGGGGAGCCCACAAUCUCCUGAGUCACCUCCCUCUGCACUCCCAGCAGCUAGGCAGGGCCUCGAGCCAACUGAUUCCCAUCGGAGGGAUUCACAUGAUUCAGCCCAGGUCCCCCCUCCCUCUUUACAACUUGGUGAGCAGCCCCACAGAGGCCACAGCUAACCCUGCAGGGACAGGAACUUCCUGGAGACUAAGUGACACUACAAGGUUUUCUCUGCUACAGCAUCAGGAUACUCUCAAAGAGCCGUCACCCAGCAGCCGAGCCAGCUCCCCGGAUCCCGAUGCAUUAGGGGCAACAUCCAGAAGCAGCCAAUCAGAUGCUCUGUCACACAGAAACAAUGAAGGUUUUGAUGUCCAACAAGUGUCCAGUCUUGGGACAGAGACAAGACAUCUUGAAGGGAGAACAGGCGCACAUGUUAGAGAAGGGUGUCUUAACCCGGAGACCACCCAAGGCCAAAAACAGGCUCCUCCCUCCUAGACACAGCUCUGAUAGGAGGGGGAGUCUGAAGGGACAGUGCAAAAGACUAAAAAGCAGAGUCUACGUGUGAAAACACUACACUGGGUUAGACUCAGAGGACAAACGACAAGAGCACUUGAGCACCGCUCCUGAAUGACACUUAUGUAAUUAUCUGAAUUAUAUAUAUAUAUAUAUGUGUGUAUAUAUAUAUAUAUACAUACAUAUUGCUUUAGAUAUAUAGUAUGUUUUGUAAAUCUUUUUUUACCCUCUCGUUUGAUGUCAUUGUUAAUUUAUUUAUGUGCUAUUAUGCAAACUCUGUACAAUAUGCAAAAGCUGCUGGAAUGAAAAUAGGCAAAGUUUUAAUCAGUUUCUCUAUUAACCCUUUGGACAGCUCUAAUAUAAUAUUGCUGUGUUAAUGUACUGUAUUAACAAAAUGGAUAUAGAAAGGUACUACAAAUAUUUAUUCACCCCGACCAGUAUUUUGAAGUGCAAUUUUAUGUCAAGAUUGUGAUUUGAGAUGUCAUUCUUAAAGGCUGUGAUUAUUAAUAUGAUUUGUCACUUUUGUUGUUGUUGGUGAUGUUGUUGUCUUUGUGUUUGAAGAAGCAGGGUUACGAUCACCUCCUUUUCUAAGCUCUUUAAGAAAAGAAGUUUCAGAUCAAGACUUUUGGAGUGCACUAACAGCUGAUUUGAUACCCAGAGGACACUGGUUCACCUACAUGGUAGCUACAGUUUUUUUUUCUUAAACAGAUACAUGUAUUUUUGUGUUGUUGCUUUUAUAAAUGAUACAACCACUCGUCAUUUUCAUGUUUACCAUUAAACUUCUCAUUUUUACAGAUUUAUAUUAAAA